AUGGGAAAGUCGAUACAGCUAAACUCAGGAGUGCAGAGAAAAGGUCGAAUCUUCUCUUCCGAUGCAUCAAUCAUUCUCGUAGGCUCUCGAGGGUCAGGAAAGCGAAGUUUGGGAUUUAUUGGAGCAACUCAUCUUGGUCGACGUUUAAUUACUGAGGACCAUUAUUUUCAGGAGGUUACUGGCCUUUCUCGAGCUGCUUAUGUCCAGCAAAAUGGACCACAAGAAUUCUACAAACGAAAUAUUGAUGUUGCGAGGCAAAUGCUAUAUGCAAAUCGAACAGGAUGCAUUAUUGAAUGUGGCAUGGGAAGUCUCGCAACUGAGGUGCAAAAGACGCUUCGAGAAUAUACGAACACAAAUCCCGUGAUUUACAUCAUACGAAACAGUCAAAGGAUUCGAGAGAUGCUAAAUAUAGAAGAUGUUGAAGCUGCACGUCUCGAGAAUGCCGAUGCUGCCCAUCGAUUUUGUUCAAAUUAUGAAUAUUAUAAUUUGCACGACAGAAGCUGUGAUGGGAUGGCGAAUCCCAAGGAUAAGGGGCUUCCCAAUAUUUCAUCCAAGUUAAAACAUGCAAAGGAAGACUUUUCUGCAUUUCUUGACUUCAUCACGGGACAAGGAGUCAUACGUAAUAGUUUGGAAAGUCCAUUCUCUAUCGCGGCUCUACCACCUGAAUGCAGACUGUACACUUAUGCAUUAUCUGUCCGCAUGUCAACAGUUCCCGAUCUGGAUCUUCAGCAACUGGAAUCUGGAGCCGAUGCAGUUCAAAUCAAGGUUGAUGCCUUAACAUCACCCGAUAUUCAACGAGAAUUGGCGAAGCAAGUGUCGACUGUAAGAAGAGAACUUAGCGUACCAGUGAUUCUUCAUGCUGAAGAAUAUGCCUUUGAAGCUAUCUCGCUGUCCAUAUCUGAGAAAGAAGAUAUUUAUUUUGGCGUGCUUGAACACGGGUUACGUUUAGGUGUUGAGUACAUUGUCAUCGAUCUUAAAUAUUCGUCGGAUCGUGUCAUGCACCUUAUCCAGUCUUCUGGACGUACGAAAAUUAUCGGACACUAUCUUCAUCGCGUCGAAAAUUCAUGGGGGUGGGAUGAUGAGUCUAGGAUGAUCCAAUAUCGAAGGGCUGAAUCGAUAGGGUGUGAUAUAGUCCGGUUUGUCCGAGCAACCUCGAAAGAAAGCGACAAUGAAAUGGUUCGAGGUUUUUUGAGGAACAUCGAAUCUCUUCCGAGCCAUCUUCCGGUUAUUGCCUACAACCUAGGGGAUCAUGGAAGGCGUUCGCUGAUCGAGAAUCGGAUUUUCACUCCAGUAACGCAUCCUAUCAUGAAUUCCACAGUCAGCAAGAGUCGAACCCGACAGUAUUUACCAACAGCCGCGGAGGCCCGACAAGAACUAUACCGAAAGUCUAUCCUCGACCCGCUCCAUUUCGUACAUCUUGGAGCUAGUGUAUCCUACAGUUUGUCCCCAGCCAUGCACAACACAGCUUACAAGGUGUGUGGUAUGAGUAACAAUUUUCAAUCGCUCCAAGUCCAAUCCGUUGAUGACAUUCAUGCCAUUUGUCAACGACCCGAUUUCGGUGGUGCAGCCAUCACACAGCCAUUCAAAGUCCAAAUCAUGUCCCAAAUCGGCCCAAAAAGCUACCAUGCAAAAGCCAUUGGAGCAGUAAAUACUCUUCUUCCACUUCGGACAUCUCUAGACGGCAAUCCUUUUGGUGGUACCACGCAAUCAUUACUUGAACAAGCAAAUCGCCGAAGUAAAGCUGGACCCGUCUGUGCUUAUUAUGGCGACAACACCGAUUUCAUUGGCAUAAUGACAUGUCUCCGCCGCAAUAUAUCACCACGAAAUGUCGUCCAGCCAUCCAAAACAACAGGUCUAGUCAUAGGCGCAGGUGGUAUGGCACGGGCAGCCGUCUACGCCAUGAUUCUACUAGGAUGUCGCAAGAUAUUUAUCUUCAACCGUACGAUUGAGAAUGCUCAAAGAGUCUCUGAUCAUUUUAAUUCGUGGGCGACGAGUCUAAAUAAUAGUGGGAAGAUCGUACAUGUGUUGCAAUCACUACAAGAGGAAUGGCCAACGGGGUUUAGACCACCUACUAUGAUAGUUUCGUGCGUACCGGCAAGAAGUGUGGGUGAUCAACCACCGGCUAACUUUACGAUGCCGAUGAAUUGGCUGGGUAGUGCUACCGGUGGAGUUGUCGUUGAGCUCUCCUACAAACCUCCCCUCACCACCCCACUCCUCUCCCAAAUGCGCCUCUUCCGCUCCGAAACCAAAAUCGCCUGGGUUUUAGUCAAUGGCCUCGAAGUCCUACCCGAACAAGCCAUCGCACAAUUCGAAUUGAUGACUGGUAUUAAGGCGCCUAAGAGACGUAUGAGAAUGGAGGUUUAUGGAAAUUAUCAUAAAUAUGGGGACGAGGAGGCUGGUAGGCAGGCAGAUGGUGAUAUGUUUCCGGGUUCUGUCUGA